UUCUCGGUUUUUCCCCCACUUACUCCACCGACCACCAUUGCAUUCACUUUCCUCUCUCUGUCCCUCUCCCCUGUAACCCCUAAAGGCAAGUAACUGACAUCUCUGCUAAUAAACCCUUUUCAAGGUUUCUUCUUCUUCAAUCCCUUUUCAAGUAUAACUUCAAGAAUCUAUUGAAGCAUUAAAAUUUUAAGAAGAUGGAGGAACAUGGGGCAGCAAGCAAUGUAGCUCGUGCAAUAGUGGCUGCCCUUGAUUGGAACUCUUCUCCUGAUGAACGUAAAGCCGCUUAUGCCUAUUUAGAAUCUAUAAAAGCAGGGGAUGUACGUGUCCUGGUGAGCACAUCAUUUCUUUUAGUAAGGAAAGAAUGGUCUUCAGAAAUACGACUGCAAGCCUACAAGAUGCUUCAGCAUUUGGUGCGGUUGCGAUGGGAUGAAUUAAACCCUGAUGAGCGAAGGAACUUUGCAAGUGUAGCUGUUGAUUUGAUGUCUGAAAUUACUAAUUCCAGUGAAGAAUGGGCUUUGAAAAGUCAGACAUCAGCUCUUGUUGCUGAGAUAGCUAGGAGAGAAGGUUUAAGUUUGUGGCAGGAGCUUUUUCCAUCUCUAGUAGCUCUUUCUAAUAAGGGUCCUGCACAAGCAGAACUGGUCUCAAUGAUGCUAAGGUGGCUUCCUGAAGAUAUAACUGUCCAUAAUGAAGAUUUGGAAGGUGAUCGCCGUAGGCUAUUGUUACGUGGACUUACCGACUCUUUGCCUGAGAUUUUUCCCUUACUGUACAGUUUACUAGAAAGGCACUUUGGAGCUGCACUAACUGAAGCAGGAAGACAACAAUUAGAAGUUGCAAGACAGCAUGCAGCAGCUGUAACUGCCACUCUAAAUGCUGUUAAUGCAUACGCUGAAUGGGCUCCCUUGCCAGAUCUUGCAAAAUAUGGAAUAAUAUAUGGUUGUGGCUUCUUGCUCUCCUCUCCGGACUUUCGUCUUCAUGCAUGUGAGUUCUUCAAGCUUGUCUCCCUGAGGAAAAGAUCAACUGAUGCUGCUGUUGAGUUUGAUUCUGCAAUGAGUAACAUUUUUCAGAUUUUGAUGAAAGUCUCUGGAGACUUCUUGCAAAAAUCUGACUCUGGUGCAGUCAUUGAUGAGAAUGAAUUUGAGUUUGCUGAGUACAUAUGUGAGAGCAUGGUUGCUUUGGGUUCUUCAAACUUGCAAUGUAUUGCUGGUGAUAAUUCAGUUCUAUCAUUUUACCUUCAACAGAUGCUCGGAUUCUUCAAGCACCAUAAGCUUGCUCUUCAUUAUCAAUCUCUACUGUUUUGGCUGACGCUUAUGAGAGAUUUAUUGUCAAAGCCAAAGAUUGUUGUGUCUGGGGAAAAGUCAGCUACCAAUCUUGCAGUGGGAUCAGGACAAGAUACAGAGAAAAACAAAAUAUUGGCUUUUGUAAAUGAUGAUAUCUGCAGUUCUAUAUUGGAUGUAUCUUUCCAGCGAUUACUGAAGAAGGAAAAACUCAAUCCUGGAACAUCGCUUUCUGUUGGGACAUUAGAGUUGUGGAGUGAUGAUUUUGAGGGUAAAGGAGAUUUUGGCCAGUACCGUUCAAGGCUGUUGGAGUUGAUCCGUUUUGUUGCAGCUGUCAAGCCUAUGGUAGCUGCUGCUAAAGUUUGUGAGAGAAGUAUGACUAUUAUUAAGAGUCUCUUCCUUGCUCCUUAUCCUGCUCAGGAAUUGGUUAUACUUGAGAGCAUGCAGUUGGCUUUAGAAAAUGUUGUAAACGCAGUGUUUGAUGGAUCAAGUGAAACUGUAAGGAGCAGUUCUGAAGUUCAACAGUCAUUGUGCAGAAUGUUUGAAGGUCUGCUUCAACAACUUCUUCCUUUGAAAUGGACUGAACCGGCGCUUGUAGAAGUUCUCGGUCAUUACUUAGACGCACUAGGACCCUUUCUGAAGUAUAAUCCAGAUGUUGUUGGCAGUGUCGUUAAUAAGUUGUUCGAGCUACUGACCUCACAACCCUUUGUUGUCAAGGAUCCUGCUACAAGUGCUUCUCGACAUGCGAGAUUACAGAUUUGCACAUCAUUCAUCCGAAUUGCAAAGGCUGCAGACCAGAGCAUUUUGCCUCACAUGAAAGGAAUUGCUGACACUAUGGCACUUCUACAAAAAGAUGGUCGUCUACUUCGUGGGGAGCACAAUCUCUUGGGUGAAGCAUUCCUCAUUAUGGCUUCUGCUGCCGGAGUUCAGCAGCAGCUAGAAGUUUUGGCCUGGUUACUUGAACCAUUGAGCAAACAGUGGACACAGCUUGACUGGCAAGAUACAUAUCUCUCUGAUCCAACAGGUUUGAUUCGACUGUGUGCUGAUACACCAUUUAUGUGGUCCAUUUUCCACACAGUUACGUUCUUUGAGAAGGCUCUUAAACGGAGUGGUCUAAGGAAAGGCAAUAUUAGUGUACAAGCCAUACCUACAUCUGACAGUUUACACCCAAUGGCAUCUCAUGUCUCGUGGAUGCUUCCUCCUCUUCUUAAACUACUCCGUGCCAUACAUUCUCUUUGGUCUCCAGCUGUUAGUCAAGCAUUACCUGGAGAGAUAAAAGCUGCAAUGGCUAUGAGUGAUGUUGAAAGGGCCAGUCUUUUCGGGGGAGGUAAUGUUAAAUUGCCUAAAGGUACUCUAAGUUUUACUGAUGGAUCUCCAUUCGAUAUGAAUAGAGAAGCUUAUGCGGAGCCAAAUGAAGCUGAUAUCCGCAACUGGCUGAAAGGUAUCAGAGAUAGUGGGUACAAUGUACUGGGUUUAUCAGCAACCAUUGGGGAUCCUUUGUUCAAAUGCUUAGACUCUCAGUCUGUUAUUAUAGCCUUGAUGGAGAACAUACAACAUAUGGAGUUCAGGCACUUAAGGCUGCUUGUUCAUUUAGUGUUGAUCCCCUUGAUUAAAAAUUGCCCUUCUGAUAUGUGGGAGUCAUGGCUGGAAAAGCUCUUGCACCCAUUACUUGUCCAUUCUCAGCAAGCUCUUAGCUAUUCGUGGUCUAGUCUCUUACAGGAAGGUAGAGCAAAGGUUCCUGAUCUGCAUGGCUUAGUCGAUGGCUCAGACUUGAAAGUGGAAGUAAUGGAGGAAAAGCUCCUGCGAGAUCUAACUCGCGAAACGUGUUCAAUCCUCUCAGUUUUUGCUUCACCCAUACUCAAUGCUGGACUUCCUUCAUUGGAGUCAUCUGGCCAUGUGAGCCGAGUGGAUGAGUCAUCACUUAAAGACUUGGCUGCAUUUGCCACAAGCUCCAUGGUUGGAUUUGUAUUGAUGCAUAAAAGCGUAGCACUUCCAGCCUUGCAGAUCAGUUUAGAGGCUCUAAGAUGGACAGAUGGUGAAGCUGUAACUAAAGUUUCUUCAUUUUGUGGAGCUGUAAUCCUCUUGGCUAUUUCAACAACUAAUAUGGAGCUUCGGGACUUCGUUUGUAAAGAUCUGUUCCCUGCAACAAUACAGGCUCUGGCUCUGGAGUCAAAUGCUUUCAUCAGUGCUGAUUUAGUUGCGCUUUGUCGUGAGAUUUUCAUUUAUCUUGCUGAUAAACACCCAGCACCGCGACAGAUUUUACUAUCUCUCCCUUGCAUUACAUCCCAAGAUCUCCUUGCCUUUGAGGAAGCGUUGACCAAGACUGCUAGUCCUAAGGAGCAGAAACAGCACAUGAAGAGCUUCCUGAUGUUAGCAACAGGAAACAAAUUAAAAGCUCUCGCUGCACAAAAAAGCGUUAAUGUCAUCACAAAUGUUUCAACAAAACCUCGUAAUGUAACUCCUGCUUUGGAAUCCAAUAUCGAUGAAGGAGAUGCUAUUGGAUUAGCGGGAAUCGUGUAAGGAAGUUUGUUUAGCAUAUCAAUGAUCAUCUAAUAUAAUCGAGUUUAUUACCGAAAAGGUCCCUAAUAUCCCAAUGUAAUGGCUUAGUCCUCUAUGUCGAUGUCAUUCUUAUUCUGCCCCAAUCAAGAAUACUGGUUCUUAAGUAGUCCUUUAACCUUAUUGCUGGUGAAAUUCAAUGGCAAUUUCCUACCUCUUUUGACAGGUAGAUUGCACAAUAUACAAAAGAAAGUAUACUAACAGAAGAAAGUCUCUUGUUUUGAGUUAGAUGUUAAUCAAAAUAUUUGGCCAGUCGUACCGGAAAUUGCCCUUUUCCAUUACCAGUUGAGGUUGGAAGAUUUGAAAACAAUCAUCAACUAUUGAGGAUGUAGUAAAUAUGAAAUGAAUGAGGACUCUACAGAUGAAGAUUACAAAAGUCACAUGAGUUGCAACGAGAGGCCAUCUUUUUAGCUGAAUGGUUUGUUUGGAAGGCAUUAUUGAUCUCAUUUUGAUAUCAUAGUUUCUUGACUCUGUAAAGUUGCUCUUUCUUCUGUAUUAGUCAUGGCUAUGAGUUGGUGUUCCAUGUACAUUCUGCCUUCUUUUGGGUCCUGCCUUUUGACUUUGUGAAUCUGAACCAUAGUCAAGUAUGCUUUUCGAGUUAUUGAGUAUUGGCCUGAUGCAAUGAAAUACAUGUCCUGUAAUAAACCUAUAUAAGAAUGGUUGAGGCUUUCAGAUUAUUUUGUUUGUACCUCACAGCUGCUUAACUCUAAUAACCAUAGAUUGAGACUACAUUA